GCUGAAUCUGACGCAGUGCAUCCCGUCGCUCAGCAUCCUUCGUUGCGCUCAGCAUCCCACGACGGCCUUAAAAGCAACGAACGGAUCAGACACGAGCGAUCACAUCAUGUAGGCUGCUGGUGUAGUCAUGAAACAGCUAAACGAUUUCAGAUAAACGAGUAUAAUCGACAUCAAUUGUUUAUUUGUGCUAAUAAUCGAAUCGGAGCGCGCCCAUCCCUCAAAAUGGCUGAGAUCACCGAAAUACGAGCAGCAUACGAUAUGUCCCCGGUUCUGGCCGGGUUCAUUGGUGCUGGCGUGUUGGUCGUUGCUGUCAUUGCUUUAAUUUUUGUGUGGAGUUGCUGUCAAAAACACUACAACAGGACGAACUACAAGCUCCACGGCAUCCAAUCGGAACAUGGUGACCUUCUAACAGACCCUCCGUACAAGUUUAUUCACAUGCUGAAAGGAAUGAGCAUCUACCCCGACACGCUAACCAGCAGCAACAGGAUCAUACGGUUGGCCCGCCAGGCCAGGCCUCACACCACCGACGGGGAUCCGAUCAGCAGUGACCACGCAGCGGUGUUGGUAGAUAUGGAUUCAGCAGCGGAAGGCGGCCUGAUGGGAGAUAAAGAGAUGCAGAUGAGACUCGGGGAAGGUGCCAGUGAGGUUCCCAGGCUGGAGAGAGAACUUCCUGUGUCUGCCGAUUACUGCUGUCUGGAUAGCAGUUCUGCAAGCAGCAGUCAGACCUCCAGUACCACUGUUUCCAGUACAGCCACACCCUUUACCCCUGGUGAUGAGCCUAGGCGCGGGGAUCUUAGCAUUGCCGUCGACUAUAACUUCCCAAAGAAGGCCUUAGUGGUCACCAUUCUGGAGGCUCGGGGAUUACCGCCUGUGGAAGGCCAAUCUGGCAGCGCGGACCCCUAUGUAAAGAUGACAAUUCUACCAGAGAAGAAACAUCGUGUGAAGACCCGUGUGCUGAGGAAGACCCUGGAACCUGUGUUUGACGAGACCUUCACAUUUUAUGGCGUGCCGUACAGUUCACUGUCAGAUCUAACAUUGCACUUCCUGGUUCUGAGCUUUGACCGGUUCUCACGAGACGACGUGAUUGGAGAGGCGAUGAUCCCGCUGGCAGGAGUGGAUCCCAGUACGGGACGUGUUCAUAUCACUCAGCAGAUCACUAAGAGAAACAUGCAGUGUGAAAGCCGCGGAGAGCUCCUGGUCUCUCUUUCCUAUCAGCCUGUCUCUCACAGACUCAGUGUGGUGGUGUUAAAAGCAAAACAUCUUCCAAAAGUAGACAUCACUGGUCUGUCUGGCAAUCCCUACGUGAAGCUGAACGUCUUCUAUGGCCACAAGCGCAUCGCCAAGAAAAAAACGCAUGUGAAAAAGUGCACACUUAACCCUGUGUUCAACGAAUCCUUCAUCUACGAUGUGCCGGCCGAUUUACUGCCAGACAUCUCCAUUGAGUUCCUGGUCAUGGACUUUGACCGCACCACUAAAAACCAGGCUCUUGGACGCCUGGUGCUCGGCACAAACAGCCCCUGUCCCUCUGGCGCCACCCACUGGCAGGAGGUCUGCCAGAAUCCACGACGCCAAAUCUCAAAGUGGCACACCCUCAUUGAAUAUUAGAGCUUCAGUGCACUCUCUCUCUGUACACACGCUCAGACACAGGCACACAGAAAACAUGAUUUAAUAACAGGAUGCCUUUGUUGCCAACUUUAAAGAGAAGGUAACUGAUCUUCAAGAGGACUUGUGCGACAAAAAAGGACUUAAGCCAACUUGUGCAUCAUUCCUGUUGUGAUGAUGGGCCUCGGAAAUAAUCUUUUUAAAAGAAAUAUGACACUAAUUCUGUACAAUACAGACAGUUUCUCAAUCGUAUGCACACCAGAAGUAUAAAUCAGAACACAUCGUAAAUGCUAAUAACCGAGACCAAAAUAUAAUAUGACAUGACAUGUUGACAGACUGUUACAAGUUUAUUCUGAGGUUUCUGUAAUUGUUCAUCUGAAACCAUACAGUGUCUAAGUAAACAGACCUGCCCAUGCACUGGCUUUCUCUGCACUUAUCGCAUGUCUUAAUGCUUCAUGUUUCACCCUGAAAACACGACAAAACAGGGCAUUGUGUGAACUGUGGCUCUGUGAUGCUGUCACACAUAAGCAUCAUCAUCUCUAUGUGUGCUGUAUUUUCAAACAGCCUGUGAGCUCUUUUUUUUUUGGUGUAGGGAAUUUAAUUUCUCUGCCUAUCCUGUUACUCGCAUUCAGAUGACCUUGUGAUGAUCAGUUCAUGAUUCAUACUGAUUCUCCUUUGAAUCAGCAUGGCACUGGUAUGACGCAAAGGUUGUAUGAUCUACACUAAAAGAUGAUUCGUUCUGUUCUACUCUGACCGUAAUGUUAGAAACAGACAUUUUAGAGAUUCUUGCCGUGUCACAUUCUCCACAGCUAUAAUAACCCUUUAGGACCAGACUCAUUGCUUGUGCGCAGAUUUCUGCAUUCACCUUUGAUAAAUCUGGCCCUGAAAAUGAUUAUUCUGCAUUGCUAUGGACUCUGAAUGUCAAUCUUUUUAAAUUUCAUACACCAGAGCUUCAUCUUACUAUUUGACAGAGCUCCACUGUUUUAUAGAUUUCUUUAUGCCAUUACAUUAGAUUCUCUUUUAUCUGUGGUUUUAAAUGUGGAUUAUAUAGAGAUAGACAUAGAGGUGUAAAGUACUCAAGUAUUUUUUACUUUACUCAAGUAUAUUUUUUCAAGUAUCUGUACUUUAUCAGUUUGUUUUUCUUUGGCAAGCUCUUACUUCUCUACAAUCUGAUUCAUAAUACUGUACAUUUCUCUACUACAUUUCAUAAGAAAGUAAUUUUUACCUGUAAUACUUCACUUCUAUAUAAACUUUUACUUGAAAAAAGUAAUUAAAGGCAUAGUUCACUCUCAUUUUUUACAAACUUGAAAUUCUUGAAAAAACAUUUUGUUCUGAUGAACAACAAGGAAGAUAUUUUGAAGAAUAUUUGUAACCAAACCAUCCAUGAGCCCCAUUCACUUCCACAAUAUUAUUUUUUCUAUGGAAGUGAAUGGGGCUUAUGAUCGGUUUGGCUACAAACAUUUCUCAAAAUAUCUUCAUUCGUGUUCAUCAGAACGAAAAAAUGUAUACAGGUUUGUAACAACACAAGAGUGAGUAAAUGAUGACAGAAUUUUUAUUUUUGGGUGAACUAUCCCUUUAAGUACUAGAUUUUUGAUUUUUUUUGUUGAAUCAACUCGGAUUUACAAGUCAUUUCAACUUGCUACUAUUUAUCUUGACUAGAGAUGAGUUGUUAUAACUGCAGAUUAGUUAGUUGUUAUAACUUAUAAAAUAUAAUUGAAAAAAGCCAUCUUCAUUUUUUUCAGUUGUAGCAACUCAACUAUUGUCAUGAUAAAUAAUAAUAAGUUGAAAUGACUUGUAAAUCUGAGUUGAUUCAACAAAAUAAAUUAAGGCAGCAAUUUUUACAGUGUAAAAAUAUUUAAUGUGAAAUGUAGUGAAUAUUUUGUUUCAAAAUGUAUUGAAGUAACAGAAAAAAACCCUGAUAAAUGUACGGUAUAUUAAAGUAAAAAUACUCAAGUACUUUACACCUCUGCACUGUAAAAAAUUUCUGUAGAAACUACAGUAUUACUGUGUAUUACUGGCAACUGGCUGCCAGUAACUUACUGUAGAUUUUUAAUUUAUGUUAUUUACUGGCAACAGUUUGUUCAAAGUUAAAUGAACAUGAAACAUUUUCAGUCUUUAUCUUCUAAAGUAAGUUACUGGAACCAGCUGGAUAAUUACAGCAAAUAUUUUACAGUGUGGAUAAAAGCUGGAAAUCUCUGCCAGUUUGUUUCUUUGUAUGAUAUAUUCGGGAGAAUGAAGGAAAAGUAGCAUUUUUAUUAUUCAUAGUUCAUAAAGUCUAGGGGAAAUUGUAGCCAUAACGCAAGUUUAUAAACAGACAUCUAGCUUCCUUAAUCUAUUUACCUUCACUCCAGAACCUCUACUUUCUUACAAAGUUAAUAUCUAGGGUUUUCAACCUUUUUUCACAUUUCACUUUUAUGUACUUGAGACUUGUACCAUGUUGUUAGUUGGUUUAUUCACUGAUAUCCUCAAUAACCAGAUGGUUUGCCAGUGUGCCUGUAGACUCCGUGGCUUAUCCUGCGCCGAAGUCGGCAGAUCCGCCCCAGAGUCUACUGCUGUCUGUGGUGCUUUGCACUGUUACAUCCAUAAGCCUGUAGUCUCAGUCUGGCACAGAGCAUACUGUUCUCCAUAUGGAGUCAUAAUAUGCCAAAAAGCUCAAGCAAGUGAUGUGUGACAAGAAAAAUGCAAAACACCCACAUUUUUCUUGAUACAAUGCUUUGCAUGCAUUUGAAAUGAAUGCAUCUCUGGUUUUCAAACAUCGCAGACCUUCAGAUCUUCUAUGAAUGUCCUACAGAUGAGCCACUGGCCAUCAGCUGAUCGAAUGGCACAUGGUUUCUCCAUCAUAAAAGUAUUGGAUAGAUGUGGUGUACACUAUAAUUCUGGAUGGAUGGAUAAAAUUGCCUGUAUGGAAUCUCAUCUACAUUCACUCAGUUAUGUUUCAUCUACAAAAUCCCUUUAUGAGAUCAUGGAAAGAUGUCCAAAAAGCCAUGUGAGAAUCACAAGAAAAAACGACGAAAUCAUUUGUGGUCUCAACACAACUGCUUUGGUGUCAAACAUAAAUUGGCAGGAAACUCUCUGUGCAAAAUGUUGUAGUAGUGUAAACUAAAAAACAAAUGAAAAUCUUGUGAUUAUUUCACAUAUACUGCAAACGCUGUGAGAUCUCUGCUAAUGUUACACGUCCACCUGUAUGUUCGUAACACCCACUGAAUGUGCAAAAUAAACCUGAUACACAAGUGAA